GGAAACAUCCCGUGACUGCCACCGUGCUGGAGGUGACCCGCUAGACCGGAUUGGGGCGACCUCUCCAUCAUCUAAAGUGACGACCGUUUAAUUCCCUCCGCCUCACUGGGUAUCGAUCUUUCCUAGUACCUUGCGACUGUGCACUUGUGUCCACCGCUAUUUUCUCCUGGUAUUGGUGCAAUACGUUGGUGAUCCUGGAUUUCUAUUUGUCUAUUUUUUUUUUCCCCCUUCGCAACCCUUGCUCAGGUCUCCAACUUAGGCUCUCUCUCGUGUCCCCGGGGCUGACGUUUCCUUCAGGCUACCCUGAUUACUUACCGCUCUCUAAGUUCUUGUCGACCUUACCCGCCCCUGGCGAGCUGAAAUCAUCGACGAGAUUGAUAAUUCCCGCCCGUGCUGGCGUCCCGUCCCUGCAAAUCAACCUAAUCGUGUAUAGCCACCCAUCCGUUGGGCUCUGCUGCCAUGUCUGAGUCAACUAGCACAAAUACUCCGAAGCCGAGUAGUAGCGUGAAGCUGGUACUUUUGGGCGAGGCGGCGGUUGGAAAGUCAUCGCUAGUUCUGCGAUUUGUCAACAAUGACUUUCAAGAAAACAAAGAGCCGACUAUUGGAGCUGCCUUCUUGACUCAAAAAUGCUCCCUCCCGACCCGGACGAUCAAGUUCGAAAUCUGGGAUACAGCCGGUCAGGAGCGGUUCGCCUCGCUUGCCCCCAUGUACUACCGUAACGCUCAGGCGGCGCUGGUAGUCUACGAUGUUACCAAACCACCUUCCCUUACAAAGGCCAAACACUGGGUCGCCGAACUACAGCGGCAAGCCAGCCCUGGGAUUGUGAUCGCCCUCGUCGGCAAUAAGCUGGACUUGACCAACGACGGGAACGAAGCUUCUGGGGAGUCACAGGUGGAUGGCGAACAGCAACCCCCUGCUGCUACUGCUGACGAAGAUGACGCGGCUGGUGAACCUCAGGAGGAGCAAUAUGCCACUCCCGGAGAUGCCCGGAAGGUCUCGACACGGGAGGCUAGUUCAUAUGCGGACGAAGAAGGCCUACUGUUCUUCGAGACUAGCGCUAAGACGGGUGUGAACGUUGUGGAGGUCUUCACUGCCAUUGCCAAUGCUAUUCCAGAGAGCAGUUUGAAGAGUGGACGCGGAGCUGGCGCCGGUACGGGCCAGACUACUUUGGGAGCUGGCCGUCCGGCGGAGGACUCGCGAGUCAACCUGGGAGACCGGUCUACUGCCACUGCCAAAGAAGGUUGUGCUUGUUAAUUCCGGCUGUGUGUCUGCUCUACAGUCCGUAAUGUUUGUUCUUCCAUGCAGCAAUCUCGUGACUAGGUUUGAUUACAGAGUAAUUACCUAGGAUGUUUGGGACAGUGCCGCACCAAGGGCGGUUUGAAGGCAUGGCGUGUCAUCAUUGUAGUUUCUCAUAUCCCGGCGUCAACCUGUGUUUUCGUUUAUGUUUGUGCUUCAUCCCGGAUCUUGGUGCCUUUUCAUUUCUGUUCUGUUUCUGUUUUUUUAAACCCCCCAGAUUCUCUGACACUCAGCGAGAGGUUUUUGUCUUUAUCAUUAUGUAUAGGUUUCCCCGGAUGUUGCACUGGUAGGAAUUCGGUAUUCUCACCGUGUGAAGGGUUAUUUUCUUUAACCAUAUUUUCAGUUACCUCCUGCUAUCACAGAUGGGGUGAGAUGCCAUUGAGCAUCUGUACCAAGUAGAGGAUAGUUUUCUAUGGAGCCUAUGUUCUAGUAAUAUCAUAGACGAUAAUAACUGAUAGGAGAUAAGCGUUCUUUUGAUGUUCCUGAUAUCGAGGGCAGAGCGGUCACGGGACCGGGCUUUCCCUAGGAGGGCAAUGCGCUAACCUAGGGUGGGCAAGCGCCGUGUCGCUAAGCGAGGCGCCGAGCCUCCGAUCCCACACCAACCGGAGCAGAAUUGGAUGCUG